AUGACGUACGUGACCCACCAGUCCCUCGCCAGCCGUAUGUGCGGUGGCCUCUGCGGCUCGCUCUUUGGCGUCGCGAUUUACCUUCUGACCUUUCUACUCGCCGGUUGGAACGAAGGGGCCUAUAUCUCUGGUCUCGAGGUGCUCGAGCACGCCUACGAGGUGGUGGACGAGCAUCCGUGCGACGCGGCGAGCCUACCGCAGGACGGCUCGCUCGUCUUCCUUGAGGGCUGCCAACUGGCCGGCCUUCCAGAGUGGCCGGCGGGCGAUUUCCAACUCAGCGGGCCUAGGACUGGCGCGUGGUUUGAGACGGCGGUCGAGAUGUACCAGUGGAGAGAGGUGCGCCACUCGGAGACGCGGAAGGACGCGGUCGGAGGAGGGAGCACAACCGUCACUUGGCACUCGCAUGAGAGUCGCUGGUUCUCCACCGCUCAGCCGUCUCCACAGAACUGCGACCAGAGCCGUCCGACGGACCCUUGCAUGCCUUCGACGGCGUGCCAUGCAGGGCAGGGCCACUGCAACCCGCCCCUUCCGGGGUCGCCGCUGAGCGGCAAGCAGACGGCGCUGUCCGGCGCAAUCCGCGUCGGCGAGGCGGCGAGGCUGAACAGCGCGCAGCUGGGGCAGCUCAAAUCCCGUCGCCCCCUCACGCCGGCUUCAGAGGUGCUGCGAGGCGAGCCCGCGACGCUGCCCCUCGCCUCGCUCCUGCCCCGAAACUGCCGCUGGGACGGCGCUUGGGCGACGAGUGCGCCGCCAGGCGGGCCUCGAGUGGGCGACACGCGCGUGCGCUGGGCCGUCAGCGCCGCUUCAGAGGCGUCAGUGCUCGCUGCGGUCGGCGCGGGCGGCGUGAUGGUGCCGUGGCGGUCGGGCGUCAGGGCAAAGGUUGCGGGGCUCAAGCAGACGCUCAACGAGCUUCGCGAGGGCGCCGUCCCGCUCGACGAGUUUUUCGACGCGUUGCACGCUGAGGCGGCUGGCCAGGUCUGGGCCCUCCGCUUCCUCUCGCUCUUCCUGUUUUGGCUCGGUCUCGUCCUGUUUACGCGGCCGAUUGCGAUCGCGCCCGACUUCGUCUCGUGCAUCGGACCCGCCAUCGGAGAGCUCGGUCCGCCUCGGCUCUGGUUCCGGCCCGCCGUCGGGGUACCCCUCCUCCUGCUCGCCCUCGCCGCCGGCUGCCUGGUGCUGCGCCUCCGCCGCCGCGCGAGCCGCGGCAAGCGCGCCCGCGUGCAGUCGUCGCAGUACCUGCAGUCGUCUGGCGCGUCGCUCGCAUCGCAAGACGUGACCACCCCGAUGCCGCCCGCGGGCGGGUGCGGGUGCGUGGGAGGCGGCGGCUGCCCGGUCGUCGGCGCCGUGGCGGUCCCGAUGGCGACAGAGCCGUCGCGCGCGAUGUUCCACACCGCCGCACCGGCCGGCGGCGUGCCGACCGUGACGACGGUGACUCCCGCCUCAAUCUACCCCCAGAUCGACGCCGUCGCACGAGUGGCGCCCGUCGGAGUCGCGGAGCCCGUCGAGGCGGUUCCGAUCGGCCGCCCGGUCUGACCCAGCUCUUGAGGCCAGCCACGACGUGCCGAAUCCGAUGCCCGACAUGCGUGCACGACUAGCCUGGAGAGUAGCCGCCCUAGGGCCACUCUCCUGCCGAGUCCGCCAGCCGCCACUCAAGCGGCAAGCGCGGCAUCUGUGCUUAUCGCGUCAGAGCGUUUGGCUUGCUAGUUUCUCGUCACCCUCCCUGGCUCUGCCUCUCUCCACUCUCCGUCUCGUCCCCAGAGGUGUCGGCUCGGCGUCGGGCUCGGGGUCAGGUGCAGGGCACAGGUGCUGGUGGGGGCGUGCGUACUGUAGAGAGUUGAUCGCCUUUUGUCAGUGUUAAGCCC